AUGGUGGUGGUGGUGGUGGUGAUGGUGGUGGUGGUGGUUGUGGUGCUGCUGCUGCUGCUGCUGAUGGUGGUGGUGGUGGUGGUGGUGUUGCUGCUGCUGCUUUUGCGGGGCUCAAGAGAUGAGACACAACAACAGCAGCAGCAGCAGCAACAGCAGCAACAGCAGCAGCAGCAACAGCAGCAGCAGCAGCAACAGCAGCAACAGCAGCAGCAGCAACAGCAGCAGCAGCAACAGCAGCAGCAGGAACCGCAGCAGCAGCAACAGCAGUAG